AUGUCCCCCAGGCUCCAUAUACUACCCGCACAGUGGCAGGGGAUUUUCUCUAAAUCGAUUUCUGCAGCUUCGCCCCUGUCAUUCCUCCUGCCUCAACUCCAACAGCAGAGCCGCAAUGCUCACAUCUUAGCCUCUCUCUCCGAUAACCCGGGCGCCUACAACAAGAGGAUCAGAAGAGGUCGUGGACCCGCCUCAGGAAAGGGCAAGACCUCCGGAAGAGGUCAUAAGGGCCAAAAGCAGCAUGGUAAAGUACCCAUGGGGUUCAAUGGUGGUCAGACGCCGGAUAUUAUUGUGCACGGAGAACGGGGAUUCAAUAAUGUUUUCGCCACUGACCUCACCACCGUCAACCUGGACCGUAUCCAAGAAUGGAUUGACCAGGGUCGUAUCGACCCAGCCCAACCCAUCACCAUCCGAGAACUGGCUCAAUCGCGCUGCAUCCACCAGACCAAGGAAGGCGUGAAACUACUUGGUCGCGGGGCCUCCACCGCCCUCAAGCAACCCAUUCACAUUGUUGUUUCCCGGGCAUCGGCCAGCGCCAUUGCCGCCGUCGAAGCCGCGGGAGGCUCCGUGACCACCCGGUUCUACACGAAAUCCGCGAUUGCGCGCAUCAUGAGACGCGAGAUGCACCCGUUUCAGGCCGCUGAGGAGGUGACCGAGUCGAAGAUCAUGAAGGAGAUGGGGUUCCGGUAUAGGUUGCCUGAUCCGACCAAGCGUCGUGAUAUCGAGUAUUAUCGUGACCCGGAGCAUAGGGGGUACUUGAGUCAUUUGUUGAAGCCUAUGGAAGGACCUAGUUUGUUCUUCCGUUCGCCGAUCGAGAGGAAGUCUGCGGCUGGUGUCAAGAAGGAGAAGGUUCUUCCCGAGAACAGACUCUGGUAG